CCAUGACAGACUCUCUCCUUCCCCGGCUGCAGGCGCCCCUCCGCCGGCCCUCCGCAAGCGCGGCGAAGAAGAGCGGCACCCGCAGCAGCAGCAGCAGCAGCGUCGUCGCCGCCGCCUUCUUGGCCCAGGAGGAGGAGUACAAGCGCGUGAACGCCGCGUUGGAAGCCAAGACGGCAGAGCUGGUGCGCCAGGCCGAAGAGGUCAUGAAAGGUCAACAAGAAAUGUUGUCCAGGCCGAUCUCUGCACAGAUCGAGUUGUUUGAUGAAGAGGCCAAGCAUCAGAGAGAUUUACAUUCUCCUGAAAUGCCAACGCUUCCUCUUGCACUUAAUAAGCAACCAAAUAAGAAGAAAUCUAGCUCUGUGACUGCAGCUCAAACUGGGCUCCAGUCUGGAAAGAAGGGGAAAAGAUCGCUGUCAAGUGCAAAACUAAGACCGCACGAUGUCCCAAGUGCUGCUGAUGUUGCCGUCCCAGACUUCUGUCUUGCAAAGACCAUUGGGAAAAUUGAAGGUCAACUUAAAGAAGGAAACUUGCCUGAUCUAGAAGAUGACCUUCUCCCUGCUGCAGGAAGCGAAAUGGGAGCUGAAGCCCAAAUCCGAUUCCUAAAGGCAAAGCUGCGUGUUAUGCAGGAAGAGCUGGACGCCAUGGGACAGGAAUGUGGUAAAAAGGAUGAUGAGAACCGGAACUUAACCAGCCGUCUCAAAGAAGUGGAGGAAGAGCGUGGAAGGCUGCAGCGCACGGCCGGUUUACAGCAGUCUCAAACAGAAAAGUACAAAACGCUGUCAGAGGAAGCAAACAGAAAAAGCGAUGGAUUGCAGCAAAAGCUCUCUAUGCUAGAAAAGGAACUGGAGAAUCUGAAGCGGGCACAAAAGCAGGCUUCAGCCAGCCAGGGUACGAUGGAAGUUCGCUUGAACAGAGCUCUCGAAGAAGCAGAGAGAUACAAGCUGGAGCUGAAUAAACUGAAGCAAAGUAACAAGGAUGUGGUCAACCAAGAACAUAAAAAGCUUGAAGAGCUGAAAAUUGAAAACAAGAGGCUGGAGAAACAAAAGGAAGAGCUGAUGGCAGGCUUCAAGAAACAAUUAAAAUUAAUCGACAUUUUAAAGAGACAAAAGAUGCACAUUGAAUCAGCUAAGAUGCUUUCUUUCACCGAAGAGGAAUUUAUGAAAGCCCUGGAAUGGGGAAAUUCUUAACACUCGGCACGAACAGCAAUAUGAAGAUGUGAAUUAUUAACAUUUAGCAUUAUGGGGGCUCAGGAUAACAGAUCCACCUUUAAAUGUUUUAAGUCUUCUGUAAAACUGUUAACUUGUUAGCGCAAAACCUUUGUGUUUAGUAUUGUGGUCUUUCCUUUCCUUUCCACGGUUGUUUUGGAAGUUGCUUUUUUACCUCAUUCUUCAAAAUUUAGCAAGGAAAGCUGAAUCUUUCCUGAUAAAAAUCUGCUGCUAAUCAUCCAGAUUACCAGGAGUAGCUUGAAAGUUUGGGAUAUUUCACACAUUCCACUGAAACCAAAGAUUCCCUUAACUUGUACAAUCCACUUCCUCAGUACCUUA